AUGCCCACCACCCACCGCAUCCUCUCACUCGUCUACAACGAGUUCGAGGCUCUUGACCUUUUCGGUCCACUUGGCGCCAUCGUCCCCCGCAGUGACUACUACACCCUCGAGCUCGUCAACCUUCACAAUCUCGACGGUCCACGCGGUCUCGAAACCUCCAUCAAGAAUGGCAUCGGCAUCCUGCCCACCAUGUCGCUGACCGAGGCCCUGGCCGACGACCAGCACGUCGAUACCCUCUUCAUCCCUGGCGGCUUCGGUAUGCUGCCCCUGGUCUGGGACCCGAUUCUGCUGCAGCGCAUCGGCCAGCUGGUCGACCGCGCCUCAAACGUCUUCACCGUCUGCACGGGCUCGAUUCUGCUGGCUGCAACGGGUCGCCUGAAUGGCCGCCAGGCCACCACGAAUAAGCGUCUCUAUGAUGAGCUGACCCCCAAACAUCCCGCCGUCCAAUGGCAGAAGCGCGCCCGUUGGGUCCAGGAUGGAAAGUUUUUGACUUCGUCGGGAAUCACGGCGGGCAUCGACGCGGGCUUCGCCUUCCUUGCCAACACUUAUGUGGCGCCGGAAGACCGUCAGGCGCAUCCAGAGCGCCAGAAGGCUAGCGAGGUGGGCGAUGCCUCGCCCAUCCCCGGCUUCAACAAGGAAAAGGCCCUCAAGUAUACUCAUUUCACCGCGUUUGGCCUGGAGUACCGCUGGCACUCGGACCCGGCCGAUGAUCCAUUUGUGGAUUUGCCUACCACCAACGGCCACGCUUGA